AUGUUAAGUCCUGAUGACAAGACUGUCCCAUUUCCUGCAAAUGGAUUAUUAUCCUCACCAAUGCCUGUACGUAGGAGAAUGGGUGAUGUAUAUCCCAUUAUGAAGGGAUCUAUCUAUGAAGAUGAUGAUUGUUAUGUAGAUACGGCAUUAAUAAGAGAUGAUGACUUUGGAGGACGAAUUAUUCUCUACUUUGCAGGUGUUUUUCAAUUAUUUACAAAACAUCCAAGAAUAAUGGGAUUUCUCUUAACAUCCGCUAUUUUAUUAUUAUUUUUUAAAUAUUCACAGGUGAUAGUAGUAAAGGCUGUACACUAUGCUCUCUCAAGUCAUCCAGGAUUAGAAACCAGUGAUGAUCUUCGAAGUAGUGCUGUCUCCUUCUCACAUGAUCUUGAAAGUUUUGUAAAUGUUGCUAAAAUGAUUGCAUGGUCUUAUCAAUUCCGAAAUAUCAGUGGAUAUGAUAUUAACACACUGCGUGGAAGUGCCUUUUUAAAUUUAUUAUAUAGUUAUGAAAUUGCCAUGGGAUCAAGAAUUCGUCAUGCCUUUGUACUAUACGAGAUUCCAAGUCAUCUCACCAAUUCUUCUUCUAAUACUACUACUAAUACUCCAUCAUCAUCAUAUUCAUCAUCUUCAUAUUCAUUAUCAUCAUCAUCAUCAUCUUCAACAGAGAUGAUAUCAUCUUUACUUACUUUAAAUGAAGAAAACGCAUCAGAAAUUAAGCGGUGGGGACAGGUUGGAUGUAUGGAACCAGGCAGUGCCGAUACCCGUAAUAACGCACAGUUUUCCACAUUAUGUGCCUAUGUGGAUCCUACAGGACGAUUAACAGGAUUUAACGGCACAAACGUCUCUAAUAUUCUCUACACAAGUGAUGAUGGAUUUGUGGAACAUCUUGACUUUGUACGUGAGGCACAGAAGUUAACACCUAAAGACCGUGAACGAGGUGUAUGGCAACGUCCUAAUAAAUAUCAAGAUCGAUUUUACAAUCAAACCUUAUAUGUUAUGACCUUUGUGUUGCCUAUUCACUUUGAUUCUAUUACGGGUAAAUGUACGGCCGUUGCGGGAGUGGAAGUAUCGCUAUCGAGUUUAGCAGAAGCCAUUAGUGUCCCUGCAACCAACACAGAGGUGGUGUUAGUCGAUACACGUUAUUUACAAGAAGAGGGAGGACAAUUUGUAGUAGAUACUAUAGAGACAGAUUUACUUGGUGUAACUCCUUUUCCUUCUACAGCUACACCUCGUGAACGUAUUAAUACAAUGGCUUCUACUAUUCUUCGUCAACAUGGUGGUAAACUUUUACAAAAUGGUUCCUUUUUUGAAAAUGGUCUUGUUUAUCAAUCAUUAACACUUAUGGAUACAUGGAUGCUUUUCGCACGUUCUCCACUUGUGUUAUCCGCAGCGGAAGUACAUGCCUCUUUACGUUCACUUCUCACUGAACAUGAACGUCUUGCAGCUGCGACGAUGCUUAAUUACGAAAGUGGAGUUGAAUGUGAAUUGGCGGCAAAUGAAAAACAUAAUUCACGUUUUCUUGAGGCUUUAGGUGUUAUGCAAAGAACAUCUGGUUCUCAUAUUAACUCUUUAUAUGUGGCCUAUCAACUUACGAAUACUACGACUACUACUACUACUAUGGAAAAUGUUUGGGGAGCCUGUGGAUGUUUUUUAAAUGUUAAAUUAAAAGAUCAAUUAAGAUGUUUUUAUACUAAUUCUGAUGGUAUGGAAAUUUCCUUUGAUGGUGUUUCACUCUCGGAAAGUAAUAAUGUAAACACCACACGAUUUAAUGAGACUCCACGAGGUGAGUUUGUGAAGAAUCGAGUUCAAAAUAUCACCUCCAUUAGUGGAGAAUGGACAAAGCCUUAUGUUUUAGUAGAUCCCAUUAGUAAUACUCAAAUAAGCGCAUUUAGUUUUAUUCAACCAUCAUUGUUAAAUAAUUUUAAUAAAAAUGGACCACGUGCGGCUGCUAUUGUAGAUCUCGCUAUGAGUUUUUUACCGGAAUUCUUAAAUGCCAGUACUCGUCUUGGAACUACAGGACUUUUUCUUAUUGAUCGACGUGAUAAUAGUACCUUUAUGGGUACACGGGUACUGACGACUACAGAUAUCGUCUAUCCUGGAAUGAAUACACCAAAUAAAACUAUAAAUAGAUUUACUACUGCUGUUUAUGAGGAACUUGGUGGUUCUUUUAAUCAUUCUAUUUCUUUUUCAAUGGAGGGACAAUUAGUGAAUUAUGAAGUAAUAGAACCUCAUUGGGGUCUUGUUGAAAUCAUUCCAGCAGAUGUGGCUCUCUUUCGUUUUCUACCUUCUCCAUCGGUAAGAGGGGCUACAGAUGCAUUGCGACUCAUACCAACAGGAGAAACGGUUUUAUUAUUUUUAUUUGUAGCUGGAAUCUUUGCUUCGUAUAUGUUAAAUCUACUCAUUCUUGGCUGUAGUAAACUUGGAAAAAGACAGAGGGAAGUAUCUGUGGUGAUUAGUGAUUGUGGGGUUUAG